AUGAACAGCACAUUACUGCUCAAGAGCACCUACGCUCCUAGAGCGGUAGCCCCCACAGUGGAGUCUCUCGUGACCUCCUGCUGUGCCCUAGUGACUGGGCCAUGGGCUCCUGGGGUCUUGGAGGCGGAAGAUGACCAGAAGCAUAAGUACGUCAUGAGGAUGGUACAAAUCGCUGUCCUGUGCGUGCUCUGCCUGACUGUCAUCUUUGGGGUAUUUUUCUUGGGCUGCAACUUGCUGAUCAAGUCAGAGAGCAUGAUCAACUUGCUGGUGAAGGACAGGAGACCCUCAAGGGAAGUAGAGAUAGUGAUCACUGAGACUUAA